GCGUCCAAUCUGUUCGUGUUGCAUCAGUGUGCAAAAUUCAGUUACUGUAUCGAUGUACAAAGAUGUGAGAAACCAAUAAAAUGUGCGAGAAAUAAAAAUGUUACCGUACCGCGCACGACUCCGUGUUCAGACGCUUAUCGUCUUAGCGCUCUGCCAAGUAACGGCAAGUAAUAAACCAAUUAUCUCGCCCAAUCAAGAUCAAAUCGUAAUUAAUGAAGGAGAACCUUUAGAAAUUACAUGCACUGGCUCCACACCAAUUCAGUUUAUUUAUCCCAAUGACUUUGGAGAAUCGGUUAAUACUUCAACUCCUAAAAAGACCAAAGAAAACGAUGAAAUUAAUAACAUUUACAAAUAUGUCUUUGAAAGGCCAAACACCGUUUUCGGUGAUACAGGCUGGUACGGUUGCGCCGAUCACAAUGUUGAAAUUAUUACAAAUUCCUACGAGAGAGAGGAUCCCGAGAUGAACUGGUUGUACGUUUAUGUAAAAUCCAAUACAAAUUUAUUUGUUGAAGCGGAUACUUAUGCCCAUUUGAGUGCUGUUGCUGGCGGUAGCAUCAUAAUACCAUGCAGACUUACAUCGCCAGAUUUAAUACCAAUUUUAUCCGAUAAUAACGAAGAAGAAUUAAAGAAUGCAUCAUUUGAUCCCAGAAUUGGUUUCACGAUUAGGAACCUACUAGUAAAAGAUAGCAAUUGGUACAAGUGCUCGAUAGAGAAGGACGGCGAGGAGCACGCGGUCAAUUACGUAUUAUCCGUACAUCUAAAACGAACCUUACCUGAUCCAAAAAUUCAAGAUGAGAGUCUUCUGCAUGUUACACGUGGACAAGAUCUUUACGUAAAUUGUACUGUUGAAGUAGAAAUAUCAAUGCGAUAUGUAUUCGAUUGGAAUACGCCGCAACAGAAUAGCGGUAGAAUAAGCACUCAGCAAUUCAGAAAACAGCUUGACGGGAAUUCUGUCUUAGUUACGUGUCAGUUGACGAUACUUAACGUAACGGACGAAGACGCGGGAGAAUAUGAGUGCGUCAUUAGGUCGAUUCAUGACAUCAAGAAGAUAACGAAGAAUAUUACGAUACACGACCCUCAAAUGAAAUAUAUCCAUCUUAUCCCUCAACAUACCGAUAAAUAUUAUCAAGCAGAAAGCGGCAAUUAUGUUCAGUGGGUCGUAUAUGUCGAUGGAUGGCCGAAACCCCAUUUAGAGUGGUUCAAACCGAAUUCUGAGGAAAUUAUAGAGAGCCCAAAAUAUUUCGUGAAUACAAGUGUAACAGCUACUAUUUUGAAAAUAAUGUCAUUGAGUGUCAUGGACUCAGGAAAUUAUACACUUGAAGCAAAAAAUGACUACAUGAUCGAAAAAUUGAACUUUACAUUAAAUGUCAUAGCUAAGCCGGUUUCUAUAUUGACGCGUAUUGACUCUUAUUAUCCACCAAACGAAAGUACAGAAUUUCAUUGUGAAGUAAUAUCAAAUCCGUCUCCGAACAUAACAUGGAGUUUUCUGAGAUGUCCUAAUUAUCCAUCACUUGAGAAUUCAACAACUAUAUAUCCGACGGAUAUGACGCAAAGCGCAGCUUAUAGCUCUAGUUAUAGAUUCGAAUCGAUAUUAAAAAUGCCUAUCGAAGAAUCCGGAAAAAUAACAUGUAAAGCUUGCAAUGUCCUUGCCUGUGAUUCUGUGACUGACAACAUUCUUGUUUCAGAUGGAUUAGGCGCGUUUGGUAUUAUUGGACCAAAAGAGCCUGUGACAAAAGGAGAUGACAUAGAAUUGAUAUGUGCUGCUUCCGUUUACAAUUAUACAGAUGAGUUUACAUGGACUAUAUCAGUAAAUGAAACUGAAGAACCACUUAUGGAAACAGAAAGAUUACAAAUUGUGCGACAUAAAACUCCAUUCACUUAUCGAUCAACGUUGAAACUCUAUCGUGUCCAAGAAUCAGAUGCUGAAAAUUAUUUCUGUAUUGGAAAAAUCAUGACUACAGUGUAUUACGAGGCCCCAGAUAUCCUUUCUGAUUAUGCAAACUAUAAAUUAAUUAUUCAUGAUCCGGUAUCACCAUAUUUUACCAAAACAAAUAUGAAUGAAACUAAAAUAAGAACUAUCGAUGUGAUGGCCGAAGGUCACAAGACGGUAAUUUUGCAAUGUUUUACUGAAGGAAUGCCCAAACCAACAGUUACGUGGUAUAAGGACAAUGUAUUGUUAAAAGAAAAUGAUCAAUAUUUUUUUAAAUAUAAUUAUCAAGAACUUAAUAUCAAAUAUUUAAAACAUCACGACAGUGGUAAAUAUUCAUGCCGGGCUAUUAGCCGACUGGGUACCAAUGAGACUUAUCAACAGAUAACAGUGAAAAAUGCAAAAUGGCACAAACUUGACAUAAUAUUAGCUACUUCAAUAGCUAUUCUGGGUUUUUUCCUAGUGAUAUUAGCAAUCUUUUUCACGAUUAAAGUUCGUCGUGAAAAGAAAAUGAGGAAAGAAUUGAUGGAAGCAGGACUUAUGCACUUUGAAGAAGGUGCUUUAGAAUGUUUAAAUCCAGAUUUAACAGUUGACGAUCAAGCAGAAUUACUUCCUUACGAUAAAAAGUGGGAGUUUCCAAGGGAACGAUUAAAGCUCGGAAAACAAUUGGGAAGUGGUGAAUUCGGCGUUGUAAUGAAGGCGGAAGCGCAUGGAAUAUGCGAAAGUGAAACUGUUACUACCGUUGCUGUGAAGAUGGUUCGUCGAACUACGAAUCCUACUUAUGUUCGUGCACUUGCGAGCGAACUUAAAAUUAUGGUGCAUCUUGGAAAGCAUCUAAAUGUCGUUAAUCUUCUUGGUGCUUGCACUAAAAAUAUAUCCAAACGCGAAUUACUGGUGAUCGUCGAAUAUUGUCGUUUCGGCAAUUUGCAUAAUUACCUUUUACGACAUAGAAAUGAUUUUAUUAAUCAAAUUGAUCCUAAGACUGGGAAACUCGAUCUUAAUAUCGGUAUGGAUAUACUGAUGAGAACUAGUAGCGUCAGUAGUAAUAACAGGAUAAAAUAUGCGGCAUUGUCCUUUUCUCGCAGUCUUAGUGCGAAUUCAGACACUGGCGAUGUGGUGGUGCACUAUUGUCCGGGAACGAAUCCGGAUUCUCCAGAGAUUAACUUCUCACCAGAUGGCUGUAUCAACAGUAAUUCAUCUCAACCAGGAUGGAGAUCAAAUUACUGCGGUGACUACAAAGACCAACAUCUCAAACCAAUCUGUACUCAAGAUCUAUUGUCUUGGGCGUUCCAAGUAGCACGUGGAAUGGAAUAUCUUUGUCAAAGAAACGUCUUGCAUGGAGAUCUGGCGGCAAGAAAUAUCUUGCUUGCCGAGGACAACAUAGUCAAGAUUUGUGAUUUUGGUUUAGCAAAGACUAUGUACAAAGAUGGCAAUUAUAAGAAAAAAGGUGACGGCCCAGUGCCAAUAAAAUGGAUGGCCAUCGAAUCGAUCAGAGAUCGAGUGUUUUCGACGCAAUCCGACAUAUGGAGUUUUGGCAUAGUACUAUGGGAAUUUUUCACCUUGGCUGAGACGCCGUAUCCCGGCAUGGAAGCAGAAAAGCAAUAUCAAAAAUUGAUUGAGGGCUACAGAAUGGAACAACCCGAUUACGCUAUUCGCGAAGUAUAUGACAUAAUGUUACAGUGCUGGAAAGCUAAACCAACGCUACGUCCAAGCUUUACGGAUCUCGUGGAGAGCAUUGGAAAUUUAUUGGAAGAAAAUGUGAGAUUGCAUUACAUUAGUCUAAAUACACCGUACAUGGAUAUGAACACGAUGAAUCUGGAAAGCGGCAAAAACGACUAUUUGACAAUGAUGUCCGCGCCGGAUCACACAGUUCUAUCGUCGCCGAGUCACGAUUAUGUGAACUCGCCAUUCUCAAAAGGCGCGCCGGAUUCAUCGUACUUAUGUAUGAGCCCCGGUUGUCCGACAGAUGAGUCCGGAAUAUUUAGUCCUAGACCACAUCAGGAACACUCGCACUUUGAGUUUCCAUCGCCCGCAUCGGAUUCCGAGGACGCGGUCGAGCUGUCUCCCAUGCUGAAGCAUACUGAGGAGGAUCCCUACCUAAAACCGAUCAAUGUUCACGAGCGAAGAGCAGAAUUCGCACGACAAAGACAAGCGAUGAAGGAUCAAACAGUCGAUAGACCGAUCGAUCGAGAUUCUGGUUAUUGCAACGCGCCACGGAAUCUUCAUUUAAUAGAUCUGAACGACAUGGACGUGAAUGAUGCACAAAUGGAUACGACGGACUUGAAAAAAAAAGAUUAUGCGCCGUCCAUCAUCUGCAUGCAAGAUAAUUACGUGAACAUGCCAAAACAGAAGAAUGAUUUGAGAAAGGGUAUACCGGAUAGUUUCAGCAAUCCUAGUUACGUGAUGAUCAGUAAUCACGAGGUGGACCAGAAAACUUAGUCCGUUUGGGAAUUUUGUAGUUAUGUGCCGUUGUGAAUACUAAAUUAUUUACUGAAUAUUAAGAUUCAGUGCAGAAUUUAGUAAUUUAUUCAUAAUUCUGCACUGCAAUGAUCUUACGACCUUUUAUAUUGUUAUAAAUGAAAUUUACCUAAUAAUACGCGAUAUAAUAUCGAAUUUAAUAUUUCUCAGUUAAUGUGCCAUAUGGCGAUCAUAGCAUAUCGAGAAUGCAUUAGUAUAAGUAGAAAUAAAAAAACCAUUUCUUAUUGAGUCAAGGCAAAAGAGAGAAG